CUCAAGUGAUGUCAACACCAAAUACAAUUGAAAUGGUCUUCUUGUCUGAUGUCUGUUUUCAUCUAACAGUUGGUCUUCGUAACAGACGUUGCACGAUGACCCGGUCUGCUAGCUACAUGUGUCAUCAUCAGUUACUAGUUUUUUAUUCAAGUGUUACAUAAAGGAUGAGGCUCUAUAGAUGUACCAGAUGUCACCAUUUGCAACGGAAGAAAAUAUUGUUUAGUCUAGAGAAAUGGAUUCCAGAAUUUGGUUAUGGGUGAUGAUUAUUUGCACUCAGAUCGUGUUAAUUGCGACGGUCACAGAUCCAAACGAUGUUGCGGUCCUAAGUGCUCUCAAGUCCAGCUGGAAGAAUCUACCACGGAAAUGGAAGGGUUCGGAUCCAUGUGGAAGAAAAUGGGAAGGAAUCAACUGUACCAACUCACGCGUAACAACCUUGAUAUUGGCAGGCAUAGGGGUGAGAACUAAUGGCAUUGGAGACAUUCCAUCACUUUCCAUGUUGCAAUAUUUAGAUCUUUCUAACAACAAGGGGAUUAGGGCCAUUCUUCCACCAUCUAUUCAGAAUUUGAAGAACUUAACGACGUUAAUCCUGGUUGGUUGCAGUUUUAGGGGUCCAAUCCCGGAUUCAAUAGGGUCCCUCAAGCAGCUAGUCUUUUUAGGUCUCAAUAAUAACAGCUUUAUUGGAUCCAUCCCACCAUCUAUUGGUAAUCUAACUAAUUUAUCAUGGUUGGAUCUAAGUCAGAAUCAGCUUACAGGAUCCAUUCCCGUCUCUAAUGCAACAUCUCCUGGUCUUGACAACCUACUGAAAGCAAAACACUUCCAUUUGGCAAAUAAUCGGUUAUCAGGUCCCAUUCCGCCUAAACUUUUCAACUCAAACAUGAGCCUGAUACAUGUUAUAGUUAACAACAACCAGUUAUCUGGAACGAUCCCUUCUACUAUAGGAACCGUAAAGACUCUUGAGGUGGUACGCCUGGACUCGAAUUCCUUGAGCGGGACAGUGCCUCAGAAUCUCUCAGAUCUCAAAAGUGUCACCGAGUUGUACUUGUCAAACAAUAAACUGAGUGGACCGGUUCCAAAUCUGUUAGGAAUGAGCUCGCUCUUUUAUGUGGACAUGAGCAACAAUAGUUUUGACAAGUCUGAUAUUCCUACAUGGUUUACACGUCUAUCAUUGAACACAAUAUUGAUGGAAAACACACAGCUCCAAGGAGAAAUCCCAUCAGAUGUAUUCCACCCGCAAUUGGAGAGUUUGGUGCUAAGCAACAACAAUCUUAAUGGAACCCUGGAUAUUGGUAACAGCUAUAGCACUAACUUGAUCGUUGAUCUCAAAAACAACUCCAUCGCCAACUUCGUACAAAAUUCUGGAUAUAAUUUGAGCUUAAACAUUGACAAUAAUCCAAUUUGUGAAGGUGGAUCAACAGGAAGAUAUUGUACAACCCGAAAGCCCUAUGUACCAAUUACUUUACCAUCAAAUAGGUGUCCACCUGUGAAGUGUGGUUCGUCUAAAGUUGUUAGUCCCAACUGUAAAUGCAAAAUACCAUACACAGGAACCGUCUUAUUUUACUCGCAUUCCUUCUCAAACUUGGAUAAUACAACCUACUAUACAACUCUACAUAAUACUUUAAUGUCUGCCUUUCAAUCCAUUCAACUUCCAGUGGACUCAAUAUCUCUUUCUAAUGCAACUCUUGAUGAAUAUAAUUACCUUCAGUAUAGACUGCACAUUUUCCCGUCAAGUCAAGACUAUUUUAAUCGUUCAUCCGUGGCUUCAAUUGGGACCGUAAUCAACCGCCAACUCUUUCCUCUUCCGUUUUAUGGGCCCUUAUUUUUUCUGGAUGAAAACUAUUGUUGCUUUCCAGAAAACAAGUCAUCAAAUAGUGGCAUCGUUAUCGGGUCUGUCGUUGGUGGUUUUGUGAUCCUGUUGCUAAUAGCCUCGGCUGUAACUUACGGGAUUUAUCAGAAAAGACAAGCAACAAAAGCGAAACAAAAUACUCCUUUUGCAACUUGGGGGUUGGAUAACGGCAGUGAGGCGGGUGAUGUUCCUCAACUGAAAGAAGCAAGAUGGUGUUCAUUUGAAGAACUCAGAAGAUGCACCGACAACUUUUCAGAAGAUAACAUGAUUGGAUCCGGAGGCUACGGGAAGGUGUACAAAGGGACUCUUGACACUGGUCAUGUGGUUGCAAUCAAAAGAGCUCAACAAGGGUCAUUGCAGGGUGCUCAACAGUUUAAAAAUGAAAUAGAGAAACUUUCGCGUGUUCAUCAUAAAAACGUUGUAGCUCUUGUGGGUUUCUGUUAUGAGAAAGGUGAACAAAUGCUGGUCUACGAGUACAUUUCAAACGGUACUUUAAGAGAUAAUCUUACAGGUGAGGCAAGAAUCAAGUUAGAUUGGAUGAAGAGACUUAAAAUAGCUCUUGAUUCUGCCAAAGGUGUGACAUACUUGCAUGAGCAUGCAGACCCUCCCAUCCUACACAGGGACAUCAAAUCCAGUAAUAUUCUGCUGGAUGAUCAUUUGACUGCAAAGGUUGCUGAUUUUGGGUUGUCCAAACUGUUGGGAGAUGAUUCAAAUAUUUCUACUCAAAUACAGGGGACAAUAGGUUACAUGGAUCCUGAAUACUUCGAGACCCAUCGAGUGACAGAAAAGAGUGAUGUUUACAGUUUUGGGGUUGUAUUAUUAGAGCUGGUAACUGCAAGAUCACCGAUAAAAAACGGCAAAUACAUCGUCAUAGAGGUUCAAGACGCCAUUGACAAGUCAGGGCAUCCAAAUGGACUCUACACGGUUCUUGACCCGGCUCUUGGCUCAUUCCAAACACUUCCAGGUUUGACCAAGUUUGUUGACUUAGCCAUGAGUUGUGUCGAAAAGUUAGGAGUUGACCGUCCCAAAAUGGGAGAAGUUGUGAGAGAGAUCGAAAACAUUAUAGAUUUGGCCGUUUUAAGCACCGGUGGUGACUCGUCUUUGACUUUCUCAAGUCAAAAUACUGGAAUAGUUGGGGACCUUUAUCAUCCAUAUGGUGAUUCGGUUUCUGAUGCAAGUAGUUUGACUGUGCCAUUUGAAACAGAACUACGGAGGUGAUGCUGCUUUCUGCACGAUGAAAUUGUUGUAUUGUAUUGUAUGUAUAUAAAAACACUUAAUAAUAAUGAUUGUUAUGGUAUUUAUGGUAUACAUAUCAAA